UUGCAUUAAUAAUUGACCUAACAGUCGUCCUCCAAACGAGCAUCACAAUGACAAAAAAUGAUGGAGAUGUCUGCUUCAUAUUGUUGAUAUUAAUUAGAUAAAUCGAAUAAUCGACCGACAAGUCUUCAGGUAUCGCGUAUUCAGCAUCAUGCUGGCCAGGAAGGGUCUCCUCCCAGACGGGUUCCUGCUCACCCGCCUGGCUGAGGACCAGAACCAGCCUAACCGCAGCCGUUCCAGGACUCAGAGGGCCCGCUUUAUCACCAAGGCGGGCUCGUGCAAUGUGGCCCACAAGAACAUCAUGGAGCAGGGUCGUUUCCUGCAGGACGUCUUCACCACCAUGGUGGAUCUCAAGUGGCAGCACUCCUUCCUCAUCUUCACCUCGGUCUUCCUCUGCUCCUGGAUGCUCUUCGCCAUGGUGUGGUGGCUCCUGGCUUUUGCACACGGAGACCUGCAGCAUCCCUUGCACCCCGACGGAGAACUGGUUCCUGUUCCCUGCGUCACCGCCAUCAACUCAUUCACCUCGGCGUUCCUCUUCUCCAUCGAGGUCCAGGUGACCAUCGGUUUUGGCGGCAGAAUGGUGACGGAGGAGUGUCCCUUUGCCAUCAUCGUCCUAAUCAUCCAGAACAUCCUGGGCCUGAUCAUCAACGCCGUCAUGCUGGGCUGCGUCUUCAUGAAGACGGCGCAGGCCAACCGCAGGGCGGAGACGCUCAUCUUCUCCAGGAACGCUGUCAUCGCCCCGCGAAACGGUCGGCCCACGUUCAUGUUCCGAGUAGGCGACUUGAGGAAAAGCAUGAUCAUCUCGGCCACCGUCCAGCUGCAGGUGAAAGCGACAGCUACGCGCCGCUCACCGCGGGAGGUCUUGUACCUGACGCCGUGGGUUUCCGCUGUUUUGUUCCUCCAGGUCAUCAGGCGGACGGUGACGGCAGAGGGUGAGGUGAUCCCGGUGAGCCAGCUGGACAUCCAAGUGGAGAACCCGCUUAGGAGCAACGGCAUCUUCCUGGUGUCUCCGCUCAUCAUCAGCCACACGUUGGAAAGAGGAAGCCCUCUCUACGAGCUGUCGGCCCAGUCGCUGACCUCAGCCGACCUCGAAGUCGUCGUUAUCCUUGAAGGCGUGGUGGAGACGACAGGCAUCACCAUGCAGGCUCGGACCUCGUACAUCCCCGAGGAGAUCCUGUGGGGGAGGCGCUUUGUGUCCAUCGUAAGCGAGGAGGACGGCCGCUACUGCGUCGACUACUCCAAGUUCGGCAACACGGUCCGGGUGCGGAUGCCGUCCCUCAGCGCCAAAGAGCUAGACCAGACGCGGGGGGUCCAAGAGAGUGCGCCUGAAGUGCAGCUGCAGGGCUGGGGGCUGGUCCGGGCCGGGCGGGGUGGCUUCCGCAGAGGGGGACGGGCCUGCGACAGUGCCGCCUCGCAGCCCUGGUAUGCCCCGGCCGAGGAGGAGGCGGAGCAAGGAGGGCAGAAAAAGACAGUGCAGCUAGAAGUAAUCGGACGCCAGACGGAGGGGUGACGCGCAAUAAAAUGUGAUGCUCAGGCCACGCUGACGGGAACGUAAAAGGACAACAACAACGACAAUGGCUUUCUUUUGUUUAUUCGGGGUUACGUGGCGUCUUCACAGCCAGCACGCAAGGAUGCAGAGCAGCGAGCCGAUAAUGAGCGUGACGGGCGUCGCCAUGGUGACGGCCUUGCUGGAGUUGCACAGGUUGCUGCUGCAGCAGCGGUACGUGAAGGCUGACAUGGCGGGGAACAUCUGGCUGAGGCGGGAAUUGUCACAGUCGGUGUACCUGAUGCACUGACGGAUGGUCUUCCCGCCUGGACACACACACACACACACGAACACACACACACACACACACAGUGAUUAGUCCAGAGAAGAAGCAAAGGACACGUGACCUCUUACCUCUCUCACUCAAAGACAAGCAGGCGUCUUCGUACGUGCACUCCUGCACAUUCUGACAGCGGCCCGUGUAGUCGGCGCACUUGUAACAGCGAAGUGCGUCCCCUGAAGAGACACAUUUGGACAAAAUGUGCUUGUAAAAAAAAAAAGAUGUUGGAAUGUUACAGAGCUUGCUGACUCACCUUCACGUAUCAUCACUGCAGCGGCCGCGAACAUCAGCAGGACGAGUUGGCUCCGACGUGCCAUGUCGUCGACUUCUUCCAGCUGGACUGAAUCGGGGAAUGGCCCGGCAGUGGGAUGGUGAGCCCACGCACUGAAAACAUCUUUGUGGUGCACACACAAAAGACACACAAAGACUCACUAUGUGCUGUCAUCGCUGUGACAGUUUCUCCCACCCGGGCCUUGGAUACCAUGUCAAUGUGUCCACUGUGUGCACUCGUCUGUUUGGAACUGUUCACAAACACACACAAUUGAGGACAGGAAAAUGACAACGAUCGUUAGUUUUUAACUAAAACAAAACAAAUACCAUAUUUUAUAUAUUUCUGUGUGUAUGUUAAUCAGACACGCAACAUAGUGUCAACUUUUGUGGUGUUGGUGUGUGUGUGUGUGUGUGUGUGUGUGUGUGUGUGUGUGUGUGUGUGUGUGUGUGUGUGUGUGUGUGUGUGUGUGUGUGUGUGUGUGUGUGUGUGUGUGUCAUACAGUAACAGGGCACCAGCAACUAUAGAGACUCAAUUAUUUCCCCAUCCAGCUGCAUUCAAUGACAACACUGUACUGUAUAAGUAACGUAUACUAUUAAGUCAACUUGAAUAAACAAAUCUCUGGUUUUAUUGAAAUUGUAUGCAUAAUAGUUCAUGUAUUAGUUUCACAUUGUAUUUAUUUAUUUGUAUUAUCCAUCCAUCCAUUUUCUACCGCUUGUCCCUUUUGGGGGCGCGGGGGGUGCUGGAGCCUAUCUCAGCUGCAUUCGGGCGGAAGGCGGGGUACACCCUGGACAAGUCGCCACCUCAUCGCAGGGCCAACACAGAUAGACAGACAACAUUCACACUAAAAUUCACACACUAGGGCCAAUUUAAUGUUGCCAAUCAACCUAUCCCCAGGUGCAUGUUUUUGGCGGUGGGAGGAAACCGGAGUACCCGGAGGGAACCCACGCAGUCACGGGGAGAACAUGCAAACUCCACACAGAAAGAUCCCGAGCAGGGGCGUCACUAGCUUUUAAGGACAGGGGGGGCUUAGCCCCCAGGAGAUGCACAGGAUGCAAACGAACGUAGCGCAAGAGCACAAAACUUCACAAACAGCUAAUAAAGACUUAGAAAUUAAUCAUUGUUAUUAUUAUUAUUUCAGUGGGUUUAUUUUCAAUGUGUGUUCAGUGCAACAACAAACAUGGGUUUGCACAGUGACAUUUUGUUUACAGCAUCAACAA